AUGAAUUUUCAAAAUGUAAAUCCUCUAAAUGUUCAAUUAAAUAUGCUCUCAGGCAAUUUGUUACCAAUGACUAACAACGAUUCCACGUUUCCUGCCGUGUGGAGAAUAUAUAGUACUAUAAUAUGGCUGAUUGAAGUGAUCCAAACCAGUGCAAUAAUUCCUGGCAUCAUGUUCGUGCCCAAAGAUAAGGUUUUGCAAGACGCAACAGUUGGUCUCGUUGUCACCAUAGAAGUAAUUUUUUUGCUUAGACGAAUGCAUGUACACAGAUCGCUUGUAAGUCAACUAAUACGCAAGUUAAAUGAUAUUCUCUGCAUCGAGAACGAGACCAUGAAGAUUAUCGUUAAAUCAACUAUAAAGCCGGUAGAAACUCCGCUCAAGUUUUACUGCAUAGCAGGAACUGGAUCUAUAACAGUGUGGUGUUGUCUAUCUUUUGCAUUGAUUUUCAAGAAAAAAUAUUUUCUCUAUGAGGAUUAUAGAUUACCAAUUGUCCUGUCGAGACAGCCGUUCUCGAUAGAAAUCUUCCUCUUGGGAAACUUCAUCGCGUCCAUCGCUAGCGUGUACAUGUUUAUAAAGAAGGUCGCUUUGGACAUUUAUAUGAUAAAUCUCAUUUUAUUGAUAACUGCCCAAUAUCGCUACAUCGCGGUGAAACUUGCAGUACUAUUUGGCGAAGGGAUUUCACAGAAUGAGUCUAAGAAAAAAAAUACUUUUUCUGAAGAUGCGUUAAAGAGAGAAUUAAAAGUAUUAUGUCGACAUCAUAACGCUGUGAUUCAGUAA